AAGUCCGUCGCAAUGCAUUGUGGGUAGGUCAGGAAAGUGAGUGGAGGACGCCAUGUGCUUUUGGUAGAAGAUCAGUGACUGACUGACUGGCUGACAGACAAACACAGUGUAGGAUUGUGUUCUAGACACGGUUGUUUACAGAAGCAAUUUGUAUAUUUUACAGUUUGUCAUGUAUUGCACGAGACAUUGUGUCCGGACCGCGCUGCGGAUAACAGCGAACACACACCGACACAAUCUACAGACACCAGCACUGUGUGUGCUGCGACCGCUCAAGACGAGUACAGUCAGUCCAUCUGAUGCCAUUGCCACACCUCCUCUGGAUGGAGCACCCAAGCAAUACUCGCCCAAAAUCCAACAGCUCGUCAGUGACAUCGCCAAUCUCACACUGAUAGAAGUGUCGGACCUCAAUGAGUUACUGAAGAAAACUUUAAACAUUAAGGAUGUUGGUAUGAUGGCAAUGGGUGCAAUGCCAGCAGCACCUGCCGCACCUGCCGCUCAGGCUGCCGAUGAGGAGGCUGCACCUGCCAAAAAAGAGAAAACCCAUUUCACAGUCAAACUGACAGAACUGAAGGCGGCUGAUAAAGUGAAAUUGAUCAAAGAAGUAAAGAAUUGCAUUCAGGGUCUGAACCUUGUACAGGCCAAGAAGCUUGUGGAGUCUCUACCUCAGGAGAUCCGGGCUAAUGUGUCUAAAGAGGAAGCAGAAAAACUUAAAGCAGCACUUGAAACAGCAGGUGGCACUGUGGUGCUGGAGUGAAGAUGCACUGACCACUUCUUCGGUUGUUACCUGUCUGUCAUAAUUUUUAUACGAGAUAAAUGAAAAGGAAAGCAAAUUACGCCUUUAAGAUUACCACUUGGUCCACUAGAGAUGGUUGGGUGGUUGGCUGAACUCUCAUACUGAACUCUAAACAGGCUCCCGGCCUACAAACACACACCACCCGCCAUCACCUCGUCCAUUUAUCUGUCAUAUACCUGCACUCAUUUAUUCGCACACGUGCUGUCCUGAGCAGAGUAGACAGUGCUGGUCUGUGAAGCUUUGUCUCAGGUACUUGGGGUUGUCCUGACAAGGGGACUAAAUUGCAGUUGCUUGUGGUUGAAUAAAUGUGUUAUACGUA